UUCUUCAAAAUGGCGUUAACUCGUCUACAGCUGACCUUCAUUGUGGCGAUUAUCGGUCCUCUCAGCUCCAGCACAGUAUCCAGUGACCAACCAAUAACAAAAAAAGUAAUGAAAGGAAAAUCUGUUGAGCUGGAAACACAAAAUAACUUGUCAUUUGAUCAUUUUGAAUGGAUAAAAGAUAAAUCAGAGAUUGUAGUCACAUAUGAUUCUAAAACAGGAAAUACGGAAUCUUCCCAUGAGAGAGUGGAUUUUAAUAAACAAACACUUUCUCUAACAAUAAAGAACACACAGGAGACAGACAGUGGACUCUACACUGCUAGAGCAAGUGGAGAAUCAGAUACUACCAUCAGUCUAUACAAUGUAAUUGUUGUAUCCAGUGACCAACCAAUACCAAAAAAAGUCAUGAAAGGAAAAUCUGUUGAGCUGGAAACACAAAAUAACUUGUCAUUUGAUCAUUUUGAAUGGAUAAAAGAUAAAUCAGAGAUUGUAGUCACAUAUGAUUCUAAAACAGGAAAUACGGAAUCUUCCCAUGAGAGAGUGGAUUUUAAUAAACAAACACUUUCUCUAACAAUAAAGAACACACAGGAGACAGACAGUGGACUCUACACUGCUAGAGCAAGUGGAGAAUCAGAUACUACCAUCAGUCUAUACAAUGUAAUUGUUGUAGGUACAAGCAGUCAAGCAUCAACUACAGAAUCUGUUUCUCUCACUUGGAUUAUAUUCCUUUUCCCCUUUGGUGCAAUUAUGGUUCUUCAGAUUAUAAAAAGGUGCAGUGGGCAUGAUCGUACAAUCAGAGAAAUCCACCACAGCAACAACUGCACUCAGGAGAACGUGAAAUCAUUUGGAAUCCAGACUCUAGCCCUGUAUUGUAUAGAGAACGUAGUUGUUUGUAACUACAGCAACCCAGUCAGCUGGAAGAAUGACACAAUAAAGAUUAACCAACUUUGCACACCUCAUGAACAAGAAAAUCCAGAAGAAAACAUUUCCUUUCCUCUCCAUUGGCUAUUGGUCAUCGCUGGUGUAUCAGUAUUGGUUUUCACAGCAGUUUCUGUAAUAUGCUGCUCUUACAAGAAGCGUAAAAAAAGUGCCCAACAGAAUGAUCCGACAGUCUAUGCACAAGUUCAGCCGAGGAAUGAAGUGCAAAGACCCCUGGAGAUGUUGGAGAAAUCAGCAAAUCCUCAAACUGUGUAUGGAUUUACAGGGGAACACAAACAAACUCACAAUACCAGUCAGACAAUGCCUAGUCUUCAGAUACAGGAAGCGCAAACAGAAAAUCGCCCCAGCACCGCCUACAGUACAAUAGGACAACACCAAAAGCCAUCAUCUGCCUCUGAAACAGAUCAUACAAUCUAUUCAACAGUGUGUAAAUCCACGCAGGGCAGACAACCUGUGCAUAAAUAG